GGUGGUGGGGUGGGGGGGGGGUGUCAGUGCACUGCACUAUAUGCACAACCGCCCUGCACACCCCCGCAGAUACUCAAACUCAAAGAUGGGGACUUUGAUGAAGAUGGCGGCUGUGGUUCUCCUGCUCCCAGUUGUUCUCGCCCAAGGUAACGGGGUCCCCUGCUUGUACAAGGCUGUGGGGGAUUCCGUGACGAUUCCCCUCCAACGCAAGGACUGUGGUGGAGAGAACAGCUUGUCCUGGAAGUUUAAUUCAGGCGAAAUUUUCAGGAAGAAAAAGCAAACUGUCUCUGUUGGCAAAGAUUUGGAUGUGACAGAGGACGGAUCUCUAAAGCUUGCGGAUCUACAGGUGUCCAGUUCAGGAGUGUACAUAGGCGAGCUCCAUGACACUGAUGGAAAGCGAUGCGGACAAGCAAGGCAAAAUCUGUGUGUGAUCGAGCGCGUGUCCAGGCCUUAUGUGACGUACACCUGCAGCGAGGACGCGGUCACUCUCACCUGCGACAGCGCGGAGUCAAAGGUUAAGUGGACUCUCAACGGCGGCGAUAUACCUGAGGGGGCGUUUAAAAAAACGCUAACGGUUCCCGGAAGACCCGCUCACGACGCUAAGUAUUCGUGCACAGCUUGGAACGAGGUCAGCCAAGAGAAAAGCGAGGAUACAACAGUUCGGUGUGAAGUCCAGUUGUCCUUUGUGAUAUCACAAAAUGAGGAAGUGAGAGAGGGAGAAGACGUGUCCAUCCUCUGUGCCAGCACCCCACCUGCAGACGAGUACACUGUCUGGACACCCAGAAAGCAGUCCCUCUCGCUGGGCGCGGACGGUGAGUUCAGGUUGCCGAAGGUGACCAAGGACGACGCUGGAACGUACCUGUGCCAGCCGCGGUGGAAGCCACCUGGCCCGUACGACGACGCCGCCAACGCCACCCUCCAGCUGCGUGUUUCCUCCGCGAAAGACGGCCAAGCCUUGCGCGGGGGGACGACCCCACGGGUCACUUCCGGGUCGGAGGGCACUCUCCUCCUGGCCACACACAUGCUCUUGGUCCUCUGUCUUUCUGGCCCCGUAGUUUAAAUCAAACGUGGUGCAACACCAGGUCAGAUCCGUUCCGGGAUGUUGUCCCAGACUCGCUGCCCUUAACUGCAGUGAUGAGACGAAGUAAGUGGUCCUCCUUUCAUUCCACGGGGACCAGUUUAAAUGCGGUGAUGUCAAAAAGUUAGGUAAUCAUUUCCUAAUAUUUAAGACAAUAGAACUAGAAAGAGAGUGCCACUUUUUCUUCUCAUCACUGCAUUUAAUCAGCCGAACUAUUAUAUUUAAAUUUUAACUGAUAUUUGUGAGUAAAUCACAAACCACAGCUACAGCUGCACAUGUGCCAUUCUUGGUGAAAGCAGUUGUACUUUAGUCCAGUAUGGGUGUGAACACUGUGUAAACGGCUCUAGAAAUUUCAGCCAGAAUUAUUGGUCAGAACAAGAAGUGGCACCCACACACUGCCCCCCCCCCCCCCCCAGAACUGGACCUGUGCACCCCGGAGUUCAGGAGUGUGGUUUGCACUGACCACUAAAGCAAAGAGCGCCCCCUAUCUGUGGCAUAUUCACUGCGACGUUUCAAACUUCGUUCAGUUGGGGCUGUAUGAAAUUAUUUUAUGAUGUAUGUUUUAAAUGAUUUCUUUUAAAUUUUAUCUUUCAUUUGGCAGCACAUUUAGGAAGAUGAUUUUAAAGCUUUCUGUGUUUAAAACAUGUUCCCUCUGCAGCAUUGUGGUACAGAGAUAUUUUAAUAAAAAUUAAGAAAUGAACAAAUGUU